AUGUCGAUGGUGUCCUCACCAAUUCCUCCUAAGUGCAUUGAUUUGGACAAACAGUUUGGUAUCUCUGUGGAAUGCCAUGUUCGGUUCUUUACUUGUGACUGUGACCAAUACUUGACGAGAAACCAUGGAAGGACUUGUUUUGGGUCACAGUUUGAGGGUGCCGUCUAUCAUGGAGGGGUGGGCAUGGCUACAAGAGGACCCAUGUAUCAGGAAUGUGGAGGUCGCCGUGAUGCUGUGCUGAGCCAUGCUACCUCAUUACAAGGAGAUCAUCAUAGUGCCCAACUGCUGGGCAUCAUGGGCCGACUCCUGGUUGGACCUUUGGAAACCGCCAAGCUGGAGCUGGAGACAGAGCUGGAGUUCCGCGGGGCCCCUGCCCCGGUUACUGGGCUCCUGCAGGAAUAUCGGGACCCGGUGACACGCAAGGAGCGCAAGGCACCAGCAGCUGAAUGCAACAAUGGGCUGACCUGGUUCAUCACGCUGGUCCUGUAUGCUGCCUUCAUAGGGCUGGGAAUAAGCAUUGCCAUCCUUGGGCCUACAUUUCAAGAUCUGGCAAAAAAUGUGAACCAAAACAUCAGCAGCCUCUCUCUCAUUUUUGUGGGCCGUGCUUCUGGAUUCAUAUGUGGUACCGUGAUUGGUGGCGUUCUUCUUGACUACAUGAAUCAUUUUUUACUUUUGGGUGUGUCAAUGUUGGCUACCACAGCUGGGUUUUAUCUCAUUCCUUUCUGCAAGAAGGCAGUCUUUCUGAUAGUCAUGAUGUCUGUCUUUGGUGCUUCAGUUAGUGUUGUGGAUACAGUAGCAUGCACAAUAUUUGAGGGAACACAAUACCACACAACUCUUCUUCUACGAAGUGCCUGUCACAUUAUUUCUUUACUUGCAGGUGGGAACGUCCUCAUCUUGGAUCUGUGGGGAGACAAAGGAGCUCCCCACAUGCAGGCCUUGCACUUCAGUUUCGCCUUGGGUGCCUCCCUGGCUCCCCUGCUGGCUAAACUGGCCUGGGGUACGACAGCAUCCACCCAGAACCACACAGAGACAGACUCUGUCCCUCUAGUGCUGAACCGAUCCUCUGGAGCCACCUCAGACUCUCUGUUUGCGGUGCCUGAGGACAGGAACCUGCUGUGGGCCUACGCUUCCGUCGGCACCUAUGUCUUAGUAGUCUCUGUCUUCCUGUUUGGUCUGUUCUGUAAGAAAAGCUCAAGGCGGAAAAAAUCCACAGCAUCCGCUGAGGGAGCUCGAAGAGCUAAAUAUCACUGGGCCCUGCUCUGUCUCCUCUUCCUCUUCUUCUUCUUCUACGUUGGAGCCGAGGUGACCUACGGCUCUUAUAUUUUCUCCUUCGCCACCACUCAUAUUGGCAUGGAAGAAAGUGAAGCAGCCGGCUUGAACUCCAUCUUCUGGGGAACCUUUGCAGCCUGCAGGGGCCUGGCCAUCUUCUUUGCGACACUCUUACAGCCUGGAACCAUGAUCGUGUUGAGCAACAUUGGCAGUCUUGCCUCGUCUUUCUUUCUGGUGCUUUUUCACAAGACCCCUCUUUGUCUCUGGAUCGCAACGUCUGUGUACGGAGCCUCCAUGGCAACCACGUUUCCCAGUGGCAUUUCCUGGAUUGAGCAGUAUACCACCUUAACUGGGAAGUCCACGGCAUUCUUUGUAUUUGGUGCUGCUCUGGGAGAAAUGGCUAUUCCUGCAGUAAUUGGAAUUCUUGAGGGACACUACCCAGAUCUGCCAAUAGUUCUGUACAUCUGCUUUGCAUCAGCCAUAUUCACUGCUGUCUUAUUUCCUGUGAUGUACAAAUUAGCCACCUUACCCCUGGAUCACCACCUCAAAGGAAGAAGAAAGGUGAGGACCAGAGAGCUUUGCUUUCCAAACUGAGCUGAAUGACCGUGAGAAAGAAAAGAAAUGGAAAGAUGCAGGAAAAUGAAAUGGGACGAUUUUGAAGUAGUUGAAAUGAAGCAUUUGAGGCAUUCUGUAAUAGAGGAUUCUAGAAAUAUUUUGAUUUGACAGAGUCCACAGCUAACUCUUCUAGGCAAUUCCCAAAUACCUCCAUGUUUGAGUCCUCUCAGUUAAUGGUCACAACUCACCUGUGAUACACCAGGAGAAAAUGGACAAACAUUUGGAAACGAUGAAUUGUUUUAUAACUUUAUACUUGCUUCACUUAUGACCAGGUAGAGCCAUAAGCAGAUUGUCAGCAUUUUCCAGGGAUCAAAGUUUCUAAAGUCACUGUAUGAAGAUAAGGUAACUGCUAAAAUGUUUUUGAAAGUCUUGUAAUGAGACUCCUGUUUGGGAAACUCAUUAGGAAAUAUGUUUUUUGUGGUGUGUGCAAAAAGGCAUUUGUGUUUAAGAAACUGGGUAGUGCUCCAGUAGGCAGACACCAUAGGAUGUAGAAUGGAUUGGCCUUUGCUGAGCAAAUGACCAAGCAUCCAUUUUCUCUUACAAGAGUUGGAGAGAGUAGUUUUGAUGGACGAGAAACUAGAAGUAGCAAAAUUGAAGCUAUAAAGGAUUUCCUAAUAACUUGCUCAGGAAAU